AUGUCUGAAGACAACGACAGAGAGCAGUACGGAGUGCUCCUUUACUACAACUACGCUGAAAUUCCAGACCUCAAUCACCUCCUCACCUUCUACCACUCCAACUGCUCCUCCCUCAACAUACGAGGUCGUGUUCGCCUUUCUUCCCAUGGCGUCAAUGUCACCGUUAGUAAUCAUACAUUCUAUUCUUCCCUUUCUUUCUUCAUUUUCUGCCACUACUCAUUUCUCUUCGCACAGGUUGGCGGCAAUUUAUCCUCUCUCCAGUCUCACAUUGAAGCCCUCAAAGCCUACGAAUCCUUGUUUCGUCACACCGAUUUCAAGCUUGCCACGUGUCAUCGCCCACUAAAUGACCAAGUUGCCCAGGAGUGUGGUUUCACUUCUCUUUCUAUUCGGAUCGUCGAUGAACUUGUUACUCUCAGUUCUCAUCCACUGUUAAAAUCGCCCGAUAUCUCCAAUGCUGGAAAGCAUCUCUCUGCACUUGACUUCCAUUCUUCCCUUCACAAUGCCAACAACGAGAGUCCAGAAAACGGCCUUGUUUUACUUGAUGCUAGGAAUUUGUAUGAAACAAGAAUUGGGAAGUUUCAUGUGCCAAAUGUUGAGACUUUGGAUCCACAAGUUAGGCAGUAUAGCGAUUUGUCCUCGUGGAUAGAUGAUAAUGAUUAUGAAGCUUCGACGGAUACCACGGUCACUGGGACAUGGCUGAUGUCCCUAAUGUAUUGUACUGGUGGAAUCCGGUGUGAGAUGGCAUCAGCAUAUAUUAAGUCAAAAGGUGCUGGGUUUGAGAAUGUGUUUCAGUUAUUUGGGGGCAUACAACGGUAUUUGGAGCAAUUCCCUGAUGGUGGUUUUUUCAAAGGAAAGAAUUUUGUAUUUGACCACCGAAACUAUACAGAUCAUCAUGGUGUUAUUGCGUUCACUAUUCACGUGAUAUCAGUUGGAAGUUCAGAUGAUAAUGUUAUUGGUACCUGCCUUGUAUGUCAAUGUUCGUUUGAUGAUUACUCUUCUCGUUGCCGGUGUACUUACUGCAGAAUGCUUGUUUUGGUUUGCCGUAGUUGUCAGAAUGAAUCUACUGCGUAUGUUUGUGAGCUAUGUCAGAAACAGGGCAAGGCCGUCAUGUCAACACAGUUAAUUGAAAGUGGUGAAUCAAAAACAUCAUUGGCAGAUGCCGAGUUCCAGAAUUUUUCUUCCGAUACUAUAUGUUUGCCUCGAGUGCCUAAGGGAGAUGAUCCAAGGACCUCAAGAAAACUCAGAAUCUUGUGCUUGCAUGGCUUUCGGCAGAAUGCAUCCAGUUUCAAAGGUAGAACAGCAUCACUAGCCAAGAAACUGAAGAAAAUGGCUGAAUUUGUUUUUAUUGAUGCUCCCCAUGAAUUGCCAUUCAUCUACCAAAACCCCAUGUCUGAGCCCAAUGUAAAUUGUGCAUCGUCGUCAUUGCUAUCUAGUCCUCCACCGCCAUUGGAGAAUUGCAAGAAGAAGUUUGCAUGGUUUGUGGCACCCAACUUCGAUGGAAGUAGUGGGGUUGACUGGAAGGUAGCAGAUGGUCCAUUUGAUCCCCUUCAAUACCAGCAGCAAACUGAUGGAUAUGAUAUUUCACUAUCACACUUGAAGAGUGUGUUUUCCCAGGAAGGACCAUUUGAUGGAAUAUUGGGAUUUUCACAGGGAGCAGCAAUGGCUGCUUUAAUCUCUGCACUACAAGAAAAGCUGAAAGGUGAAAUGGACUUCAAAUUUGUAGUCUUGUGCUCGGGCUUUGCUCUCCGGAUGAAAGCGAUGGAGUGUAACCCUAUCAAGUGCCCUUCUCUUCAUAUUUUUGGUAAUGAACAUGGUAAAGACAGACAGAUAGCUAACCAAACAAGCAAGGAACUUGCUUCUCUAUAUGAUAGUGAUUGUUCUACGAUCGUUGAGCAUGAUAGUGGUCAUAUAAUUCCUACUCGGUCCCCUUACAUUGAUGAGAUCAAGGGUUUCCUUAAUCGCUUUCUGUAG